AUGUCCACGCAGAGCGUCGCCGUCGCGAGCCACAAUGAGCUCAACCGCAACUCGCUUUUCAAUAUGAAGGGCCGCGUUGCUCUAGAUAUCGAGGGCGAGAUCAUCGCCCUGACCGCCGACGUCGCUAGCAAGCAGUCCAUCGCCAAGCUGGUGAGGGAAAUCGAGUCGCGCGAGAAGUGCCUGUGCAUCCUGGUCAACAACGCCGGCAUCACAAGCGAGUCGGUCACUACCGAGACCGAGACGGCCUCGGACAUGAAGCGGAACCUGUUCGACAACGACAAGGCCACUUUUGACGACUGGACCGACACGUACCGCACCAACGUGGCCAGCAUCUACUUCGUCACGGCCGCGUUCCUGCCGCUCCUCCAAAAGAGCUUGGAGCUGCACCCGGGGUGGCCCGGCACCGUCAUCAACAUCUCCAGCGUCAGCGGCCUGGUCAAGAGCGCGCAGCACCACUUCGCCUACAACGCCAGCAAGGCCGCCGCCGUCCAUCUGACGCGCAUGCUGUCGGCCGAGAUCGCCGAGAGCGGCCACAAGAUCCGCGUCAACAGCAUCGCCCCGGGCAUCUUCCCCAGCGAGAUGACGGCCCAGGAGAGCAACGAGUUCCAGAAGAGCCACAUCCCGCGAGAGAAUUACGCGAAGAAGGUUCCCGCUGCCAGGCCCGGCAGAGACGUCGACAUGGCGCAGGCCGUUCUGAUGCUCGCGGCGAAGCAGUAA